AUUGAGGCAAAAAUAAGGAAGAAAAAAAAGAACCAGAGUGUGCGAGAGAGAUCCAUUAGCAGAAGAUGAAGAUUUUCGUCAAGACUCUCAAGGGCACUCACUUCGAUAUCGAAGUCAAAUCCGAAGAUUCGGUAGCUGACGUAAAAAAGAACAUAGAAACAGUUCAAGGAUCAGAUGUUUAUCCUGCUUCACAACAAAUGCUUAUCCAUAAGGGGAAAGUUCUUAAAGAUGAUACGACAUUGGCUGAGAACAGUGUUGCUGAAAAUAGCUUUAUUGUCAUCAUGUUGACAAAGGCUCCUCAGACAAGUACACCAUCAUCGGCACCAGCCCCGGCUCCAGCGUCGGUACCAGCUCCGGCUCCAGCAACAGUUUCUUCUACACCUGUUGAGACUUCAGCAGUUGCUGCACCUGUAUCUGAAUCUGCACCUCUGGCAUCAAAUACCACUGCGUCAGAAACUGAUGUUUAUGGCCAAGCAUCUUCUGAUCUGUUAGCAGGAAACAACUUGGAGGGAGCAAUCCAACAAAUUCUUGACAUGGGUGGAGGAACCUGGGAUAGGGAUACCGUUGUCCGGGCCCUUCGAGCAGCUUAUAACAACCCUUAUAUAUAUAUAUUUAAUUAA